GCUGUUCCGCUGCGCGCCGCGCCGCCCUCCGCCCAGCUCCGGACCCAAGAUGGCCGCCGUGUCAGUUUGGGUCUUCGCCGCCGUCCGGCCUCAGGCUCCUGGGCUCCGCCUCGCGUAGGCCCCGGCUUACCAUUUUAUUUACUUGUGUACCAGAUUGGGAAUGUAAAGAGCUGGAAUGAGAUGUGCUGAAUUCGUCUCACCUGUAUGAUACACCUGCUGCUUUUUUUGGAGGGGGGGGCAUUGGAAAAUAUGAAUUGGUUCCUAACAGGAUAUAUAUUUUUAAAUGGUAAAUAGGAAAUCUUAUGUUUGAAAAAGGAAUUUGGGGCAAACAACGUGUAUGCUAUGGUUAACUGGUCCCUAUCCUCCGAUCAUCUGUUUUCCCAUUCUGUGAAACUCCUUCAGUAUAGGGAUAAGGGAUAACGACUCUAUGGAUAUACAAAAGUCUUCAUCAUGGUAAAACUCGCUAACCCGUUGUACACGGAGUGGAUUUUGGAGGCAAUUAAAAAGGUCAAGAAGCAAAAACAGCGCCCUUCAGAAGAGAGGAUAUGCAAUGCUGUGUCUUCGUCCCAUGGUUUGGAUCGAAAAACGGUUCUGGAGCAAUUGGAACUGAGUGUUAAAGAUGGGACCAUAUUAAAGGUUUCCAAUAAGGGACUUAAUUCCUAUAAGGAUCCUGAUAACCCUGGGCGAAUAGCACUUCCCAAACCACGAAACCAUGGAAAGUUGGAUGGUAAACCAAACGUGGACUGGAAUAAACUGAUUAAACGGGCAGUUGAGGGCUUGGCAGAGUCCAGUGGCUCAUCCUUGAAGAACAUUGAACGCUUUUUGAAAGGGCAGAAGGAUGUGUCAGCUCUAUUUGCAAGCAGUGCCCCUUCCACCUUUCACCAGCAACUGCGAUUGGCUGUCAAGCGGGCAAUUGGCCAUGGGCGACUCCUUAAAGAUGGACCUCUGUACCAACUCAAUACUAAAGCAGCCACAAAUGCAGAUGGGAAAGAGAGCUGUGACUCUCUUUCUUGUCUUCCUCCAGUAUCUCUCCUUCCACAUGAAAAAGAUAAGCCAGUUGCUGAACCAAUCCCAAUCUGCAGCUUCUGCCUUGGCACAAAAGAACAAAACCGAGAAAAGAAACCUGAAGAGCUCAUUUCUUGUGCUGAUUGCGGCAAUAGUGGUCAUCCAUCCUGCCUGAAGUUCUCCCCAGAGUUAACAGUUCGUGUGAAGGCCUUACGAUGGCAGUGCAUUGAGUGCAAAACAUGCAGUUCCUGUCGAGAUCAGGGCAAGAAUGCUGAUAAUAUGCUAUUUUGUGACUCAUGUGAUCGUGGCUUUCACAUGGAAUGUUGUGACCCCCCUCUGACCAGGAUGCCAAAAGGCAUGUGGAUAUGUCAGAUAUGUCGGCCACGUAAAAAAGGAAGAAAACUUCUACACAAGAAGGCAGCACAGAUAAAGCGGCGUUAUGCCAACCCAAUAGGACGUCCCAAAAACCGAUUAAAGAACCAAAAUGCAACAUCAAAAGCCCCCUUCAGCAAAGUUCAGACGGGACCUGGCCGAGGUCGUAAGCGCAAGACUCCCCUAUCCAGCCAGUCAACUUGUUCGUCAGAAGGGGGCUAUUUGGAGCAAAUCGACGGCCUGGAAUUCUGCAGAGAUGCAAGCACCACCUUGAAAUUCAACAAGAAAACCAAAGGGCUCAUUGAUGGCCUUACCAAAUUCUUCACCCCAUCCCCUGAUGGGCGUAAAGCUCGAGGAGAAGUGGUGGAUUACUCUCAGCAGUAUAGGAUCAGGAGAAAAGACAAUAGGAAAUCAAGCACUUCAGACUGGCCUACAGACAAUCAGGAUGGCUGGGAUGGAAAACAGGAAAAUGAAGAAUGGCUUCUUGGAGGUCCAGAUGUCAUGACUGAGAAAGAUAUGGAGUUGUUCAGAGAUAUUCAGGAGCAAGCACUGCAGAAAGUAGGAGUAACAGGAGCCCCUGAUCCACAAGUCCGCUGUCCAUCAGUCAUCGAGUUUGGGAAAUAUGAAAUCCACACCUGGUAUUCCUCUCCAUACCCACAAGAGUAUUCCAGGCUGCCUAAGCUGUACAUUUGUGAAUUCUGUCUUAAGUAUAUGAAAAGCAGAACUAUCCUUCAGCAACACAUGAAGAAGUGUGGCUGGUUUCAUCCCCCAGCCAAUGAAAUUUACAGGAAGAGCAAUGUUUCAGUCUUUGAGGUGGAUGGCAACGUCAGUACCAUUUACUGCCAGAACCUGUGUCUAUUAGCAAAACUCUUCCUGGAUCACAAGACGCUCUAUUAUGAUGUGGAGCCAUUUCUCUUCUAUGUGCUGACGCAAAAUGACAUGAAGGGUUGCCACCUGGUUGGCUAUUUCUCCAAGGAGAAGCACUGCCAGCAGAAAUACAAUGUUUCCUGCAUAAUGAUUCUUCCCCAGUACCAGCGCAAGGGCUAUGGCAGGUUCCUCAUUGAUUUCAGUUAUCUCCUAUCAAAGCGUGAAGGCCAAGCAGGAUCCCCAGAGAAGCCGCUAUCAGAUUUGGGUCGUCUCUCUUACAUGGCUUAUUGGAAAAGCGUAAUCUUGGAGUGCCUUUAUCACCAAAAUGACAAGCAACUCAGCAUCAAGAAGCUAAGCAAGCUGACCGGCAUCUGCCCUCAAGACAUCACUUCCACCCUGCAUCACCUGCGAAUGCUGGAUUUCCGAAAUGAUCAAUUUGUGAUUGUCCGGCGGGAGAAGCUUAUCCAAGACCACAUGGCAAAGCUGAAACUGAAUCUCCGGCCUGUAGUUGUAGAUCCAGAAUGCCUACGCUGGACUCCUGUCAUUGUCUCAAACUCAGUGGUUUCAGAGGAUGAAGAAGAAGAAGCUGAAGAUGGGGAAAAUGAAGAGCAGCAGCAGCAAAGGAAAAGAGAGGUAGAGGUCAGUGUGGAAUAG